AUGGCAGAGCAGCUGAGAGCCCAUCGCAAGAGCCGCACGAGGUUCACAGAGCACCAGCUACAGGAGCUGAGAGCCGCCUUCAAACACACCCAGCAGCCCAAGUGGGACGAGGUGCAGGAGCUGGCCUCCAGGCUGCAGCUGGACCAGGUCGUGGUGAAGGUGCCCGGGGCCGCCCUCCUCAGCCCUCAGCAGCCUUUCAGAGGCGAGGCCCACCAAGGGCCAGAGGAGCCCCAGGAAUUUGCAGCACCUACCAGCCCUGGAUUCAGUUUCCCGUUGGCUGCCCAGCCCCUGGAAACUUUGGAGGUAUCCUGGACGACGCCCCUUCCCUACAGCACAGAAGAGCUUGCACGGGUGUAUGGCGUAUCUGGGAAUGAAGACCCCUCCAGCCUGGACAAGUAUCUUCUUGAGGAACCUACACUGCCAGACCUCCACAGCCCCGAACCCCAGGGUUACAUCUGCAGGCCUCAGCCCUGA